UCUCUUAGUAACUCUUCUUCACUCUCUGACCUGCAGGGAGACAACCAGAAUGACUGCUGGAUCUUUACCUUGGCAGUUCUCCUCAGCAGCACCUUCAUCUACAACAGCAUAGGGACCAUUAACCAGCAGGCCAUGGACCAGUUGCACUAUGUGACAGAGCUGACUGAUCUAAUCAAAUCAAAGUCAUCACCUGAGCAGAGUGGGGUAGAUGACUCAGCUAACUUUGUGGGUUUCUUUCCAACUUUUGUGUGGGCUCUGAGAGAUUUCUCCCUGGAGCUGGAAGCUGAUGGAAAACCCAUCACUGCUGAUGAGUACCUGGAAUAUUCGUUGACCCUGACAAAAGGAUCUGAUAAGAAAAGUGAAAGCUUUAACAAGCCUCGGCUCUGCAUCAGGACAUUCUUCCCAAAGAGGAAGUGCUUUGUCUUUGACAGGCCUGCUCAGAGAAAGUAUCUUUCUAAACUAGAGACAAUUAGCGAAGAAGAUCUGAGUAGUGAAUUUGUAGAACAAGUUGAAGAAUUCACCUCAUAUAUUUUCAGCUAUUCUAAUGUCAAGACUCUGUCUGGUGGCAUCAUUGUCAAUGGACCAU